AUGAUUUGGCACAUUGCCAAGGUGAUUGGUGUAUGUCUGUCUGGUGAUAUCAAUGAGACCAGGGAUACGCUGCUACGAAAGAUAAAGGAUAUGGUCAAUGAUGAGAGAGGCAUUGAAGGUGUUGAGCCUCUGACAGAUGACGUAGCAAUCGCUGUGUUUGAAUGCAUCCAAGAGCCAAACGAGAAGCAUAGCCCAGUUGUUCAACUGGCCAAAGUUCUCCACAAUGCGUUCGAUGGCAUUCAGUUGGAGGGCUCAAUGUCACGGCAUGUCGCCAGACAAGUUGCCCAGUUAAUCCAUGAUGAGCUCCAAUCGAUUGACCAAAGCAUCUGGCUUGCCCACUGGCAGAAGUUGUGCUCCCACAUUGGCUGUAGUUCUCGCGUACGCAAGAAGGACUUCAGUCGCCAUGUGUGCGUUCCUCAUCACACCGACGAGGAUGAUACGUUGCCCGACAAGUGUCCUGGGUGUCAGUACUCAUUGAAGAAGGAGUACGAUACCGAAGUGAGGGCCAACAGAGAUGCUGGAACGUUUAGACUUGACCAGGUCAAUAUCGUUGCCCUGGCGUUGAUGCGUUACGUCCUAGGCAUCACCGACAACAAAUGGGAACAUGACAGCACAAGUGACUGA